AUGUUUGGAACACUUUCUCAAGAGAUUGAAGUUCCUGUUGCAGCAAAUGAAGUUUGGAAAAUCUAUGGCACUAUUCAACUAGCUAAUAUUGUAGUUAAACACCUCCCGAAUAUCGUUCACCGGGUCGAUAUACUUGAAGGUGAUGGUGGUGUUGGAUCAAUCCUCAAAGUAACAUUUCCACCAGGCACACCACUUUUGACAUCUCACAAAGAGAAAUUUGUUGUUGUUGAUGAUGUUAAGAGGGUGAAAAUUGCUCAAGUAGUGGAAGGUGGACUUCUUGAUCUUGGUUUUACACUUUAUAAGGUUAAGUUUGAAGUCAUAGAAAAGGAUAAAGAUACAUGUAUUACAAAAGCAACAAUUGAAUAUGAAGUUAAGGAAGAAGCAAUAGCUAAUGUCUCAUUUAGGCGGAUCCAGGAUUCAAAACGCUAUGAUGAAUAUAUGAGUGUGAUCUUAUUUCAUAGGCGGAUUCAGGAUUCGAAACGCUAUGAUAAACAAUUUGGCAGCAAAGAUAUUAGGUUAACUUUGUUAAAUAUUGAUGCUACUAUGAUUUCUACUAUUUAG